UAAGCACUACUAUGUAUUUCGAGAGUAUGUUGUAACUCUGGUUGUUUACUAAUCUGUAGUGCUUUUAUGCUCGUGGAAGUAAUCUUUUUUUAGCAACAUGUUCAAAGGACUUGAAAAACAAACUGUGCGUGAACUUUAUGUUCGGAAUUUUAAUAGUCUUUGCGACCGAGCCUACCUUAUUAAUGAUUCGUUUGCCCAAUGUGUUCUUUUUGCAAUACCACAGGGAAAAUAUUAUGAAAAUUUUGAAAAUAAUGAAGAGUCAAAUUAUAUAGUGAACAAUAAUAUCCUUUCAACCACCAAAGAAUAUGUUAUUUUUAAAUUACCAGGAAAUACCCCUUUUACCGUUAGAUCUAUAGUAGAUGAACUUACUUCAAUUGGUUGUACCUUAUUUACCUCAGAGUUUUUAAGGUCUAUGAAGUGCUUCUAUCCUUUCCAUAUGUUUUUUACUUAUUUAUUUUGUAUGAAAGCUACUAUAAUUCUAAGAUUUGUAUAUAGUAGACAGGUUUCAGAAGCUAGCAGCACCAGCGUUUUGUGCGAGCCUCUUGAACAUUAUAGUAAUCCUGAAAAAAUAGUUAGUAAUAAGCAAGAGUCUAAGAUAGAUCAAAAUCAGUUGACUUUCAGAUUUUUGUUUCCGGAAGACUGGGAAGUUUACUUAAAAAUUAUAGAAGUUAAACAUAAUGCCUACUCUAACAUUUUGCAGGAAAGACUACGCGAAGAAAUAGUUGAACUCAUAGAGAUUUAUACAGUUAGGUACCGAGAAAUGCAGUUUUCUCUCUACCAAAGAAUUUAUCACCUUAAUAUGUUUAUUACCUCGUUUGAAGAUUUUAUGCCCUGUUUCCCCUUUAUUGCCGGGUUGGAGAGAUGCCUAAGGAGCCAACUGAAAGGCAAGGUUCAAGUGAAGUGGACUUUGCCGGACAUCGAACUGACCCAAUGUGGCCACAAUUUUUUGGAGAGCUGCAUCAAGCUCCUCUUUCUGCUGGACUUCAGCCCAACUUCCAAGGACGAGGCGACCCCCGACCACCAUAGAGUGUGGCACAGCCGAGGGGUCCUAACUAGCACGGAAGUCAGCUCGCUGCUGAGUUUAUUCCCGAAAAACCUCGCAUUUUGCAAGGAACCCUGUGGCACACUCAGCUUUGACGAUCUUUCUAAAACUCACAGCCCUCGGUGGUUUCCUACUGCUAGAGUGCCAGUCUCCGCGUCUCAGCCGGAAGUGCCUGUGACUAAGACCAGCACUGGCUUUUUUCAGCUGGUCAAGGAGUACUUUGCUAAUACCUGCUGGGCCCUUAAACGAUGAGAAAUAAGAAGGGGAAUUCGUGUUCGUAAUAAAAAGGCUUUAUUUCGAGUCUUACAAGUU